UUCAAGGCUCUGCGCGGAUAGGCUCUCUGCGAGUCGAUCCCCACUUCACUCCGCCACUCCGUUCAUCGCUCACUCACCAAUUCAACAUUCCAAAGGCCGGGUCACCUCCUCUUCGACUUCGACACUGUUCUUUGGUAAUUGAGUGAACCGACCACACAACCGUCAACAUGUACGCCUGCACCAGAUUCGUUGCCCCAAUUGCCAGGUCUACCCUGGUUUCUGGAGCCAAGUCAUACCUACGACCUCUGAGCAGUGCUGUGGUCAACCAAAGCCAGUCCCUGCAACAAAAUCAGAGGCAGACCCCAGUCAGCCUGCUGCCUGCUGUACGCAGCUUCCAGACUUCAGCAGUGAGCCGUGACAUUGACUCCGCUGCCAAGUUUAUUGGCGCUGGCGCUGCAACUGUCGGAGUUGCUGGAUCCGGUGCUGGAAUUGGAUCGGUCUUUGGUUCCUUGAUCAUUGGUUAUGCGAGAAACCCCUCCCUUAAACAGCAGCUGUUCUCGUAUGCCAUUCUUGGUUUCGCCUUGUCCGAAGCUAUGGGUCUUUUCUGUCUUAUGAUGGCCUUCCUUUUGUUGUUCGCCUUCUAAGCCACAAAUCCAUAUAAACAAAUACCAAUAGUUUUAGUGCGUCACUGCCAAGACAGCGUCUUAUAGAUCAGAGACUAAAGGCUGCUGCCUAUGGUAACGCGGGAGCCUGUGAAAUCAUUACUGAAAUUUUUGUUUACGGGCUCUUGGCGAGUGACGGUUUAUUCAGGAUGCAUAAGAGGGGGGCUGUACACGCUCAAAAAAGUGUUUGAACCGUCUGCUCCCACAGUUCCGCAAACUCGUAAUUAUUUCAUGGUCUGCCACCUCAUGUAGAAUAACUCACAAUAUUAUCAAGUAAUGAUUUUCAGUGUAACGAACGACUAGGGCGCAACUGAAAGCUUACCAAAACCUCUGAUAUAAUAUACUGAUAUAAUCAUUGCAAGUAGUACAUGUUUUGAAUUCUUUUGUUAUCUAUGUUAUUCAUCAUUGUUGUGCUGUUGCAAUUUUACAUCGCCGAGGUUACCUUUGACGCGAAAAAGGAAAAAACGAAAAACUGUACAGUGAUAUUGAAUAAAACAUCUUUGUCGUGAGACGAAUGCCCUCGUUAAA